AUGGUUCAUGCGUAUGCUGAGUCUGAGGAUAUGGGUGCUGCUUUUAGGCUGUUUGAGCACACCCCUGAGCCUAAUAUUAGCACGAGGACUGCAAUGGUUGUGGGGUAUGCUGCAACAGGACUGUGGCAUCAGGCCAAAUGUGGUGACAAUCACAACGUUGCUGUGUGCAUGUCCCAGAGUUGGAGGCCUGGACAUAGGGAAGUGGAUACAUUCUUCAAAUCAUUGAGGGAGAAAAGUCUCUAUACAUGGAAUGCCAUGAUCAAUGGUUUGGCAGUGCAUGGCCAUGUAGAGCAAGCGUUGGAUGUGUUUAACCAGUUGCUGGACCAUGGAACCAUGAGACCAGAUGAAGUUACACUUGCAGGAGCCGUCACAGCUUGUAACAAGCCUCUCCCUAGAUGCGCAGACAUAUGUGCGAAACUAGAGGAGCUGACACUGAAGAUGUCUGCAGAAGGAUACUUAGCAGAGACAGGAUUCGUCUUGUAUGACAUACAUGAAGACGAGAGAGAGCAGGCUCUUGGCCAUCAAGGUGAGGAGUUGGCUCUAACUUUAGGGCUUAUAAGUACAGCCCCUCGUGUCACUCUUAGGACUGUGAAGAAUCUUAGGGUGUGGUGA